AAUAAGAAACCAAUCUCAAGCCUUCUUUUGCCUUCUUUCUAGCAAAUCUGAUUAUUGCUAAUUUAGGAUAUCAUGAAUACUAGUGGUUCUGGCAAUGGCAUAGGAGACUCUAUUGGAUCCACUCCUUCUAAAACAGAUGAUCCUACUUGGGCUCAUUGUUUGAUUGUCCCAGGUAGAAGGAAUCAGACUAAAUGGUUAUAUUGUGAUAAGCUUAUACUAGGGGGUGGAAUUACUAGAUUGAAAGAGCAUCUUGCCGGGAUCAAAGGCAAUGUCGGUGCUUGCAAAAAAGUUUCAGCAGAUGUGAAGUGGCAAAUGCAACAGUUGUUAAGUGAGAUAAGGAAAGGGAAAGAAAAGAGACAGAGACUUGGGGAUAUGGUUGGGAGUCAAUGUGAUUCACAAAUAUUUGUUGAUGAAGAUGAUGAAAUUGAAGAAAGCCAUCGAUCUCAAUCACAUGUAGCACAACAGAAAAAAAAUAUUAAUUCAUAUUUCGUACCAAGGACAACUCAUGGAGCCCAGAAAACCAUAAAAAAUGCUUUGCAAUCAAGAGAAAAACAAGAAGCUGCUAGGAUGGCUAUUGCUAGAUGGUGGUAUGAUGCUAAUGUGCCUUUCCAUGCUACACGGUCAAAAUACUACUUGCCAAUGUGGGAUGCUGUCACAUCUAUGGGACCUGGUUUCAAGGGACCGAGUUACCAUGAUUUGAGAGGUUCUCUCUUAAAAUGUGCAGUAAAGGAAGUUAAUGAAUGGCUCUUAUCUUUGAAGUCAAUAUGGAGUACCAAUGGUUGUUCAAUUAUGGCAGAUGGAUGGACAAAUCAAAGGAUGUUUGAUGAAGUGGUGAAAGAAGUGGGAGUGGAAAAUGUGGUACAAUUUAUAACAGACAAUGAUGCUUCAUUCAAAGCUGCUGGGAAAAGGAAAGGCAAGAAAAAUCACAAAGUUAUAUAUAAUCAUUCAUGGGUGCUAGCAUUGAUGAGGAGGGACUACACAAAUGGGAGAGAUUUGUGUCGUCCUGCUGUUACAAGAUUUGCUACCCAUUUUUUGAGCAUCCAAUGUUUAUUGAAAUUCAAGAAGGAGCUUAGGCAAAUGUUUACAAGUGAUGCAUGGGUUGGUUCUAGUGAGCCUUUGGUGAUAGUGCUUCGACUUGUGGACAAUGAAGAGAAGCCAAGUAUGGGUUACUUGUAUGAGGCAAUAGAUAAGGCAAAGGAGACAAUAAAAAAGAAUUUUAAUAAUAGGUUGUCUCAAUACAUGCCUUACAUUAAGGUGAUUGAUGCUAGAUGGGAUAAGCAACUUUAUAGCCCAUUACAUUCAGCUGGAUGCUUUCUUAAUCCAGGUAUCUACUUUAGGCCUGGUUUUAACAAACAAACUGCUGUUACAAGAGGUUUGCUUAAUACCUUAACAACAUUGAUACCGGAUGAGGAGAAGCAAGAUCUCAUUAGUUCACAACUUGAGGAGUAUAAGAAAGCUACGGGAACCUUUGGCAUGAGUUUGGCUAUUCGUCAAAGGGAAAAGUUAAAUCCAGUUGCAUGGUGGGAUCAAUUUGGAACGGAUACACCAGAAUUGCAAAAGUUUGCAAUUCGAGUGCUUAGCCAAUGCACAAGUGCAACUGGAUGUGAAAGGAAUUGGAGUGCUUUUGACUUUGAACAACCAGCUGACAAAAGGCCAGCUUAUGUGCAUAAAGAAGGCAGUAGCAGAGGGACAAACAGAACACACCAACAGCCAACUCAUGCGUAUGAAGAAGGUAGAAGCAAAGAGACAAACAGAUCAACUCAACAGAGACAAACAUGGAGAAAUAAGAGCAGAGGUGAGGAGUGGUCAGGAAUUGAAUUCAAGGUCAAGGAAGAAGACUAUGAAUGGCUCCGUGGUUGCUAUGUCGGUACAGCACGUUCAAUAGAAAUUAUACCCAAUCUGCAGGAAAAGCUGUACAUGGAAGGUUAUUUUUCACGUCGGCUCCGUCCUAUGGGGGGGAAGCUGGUAUUAAUGGACUGUGAGGAGAAGGAAGAGCUAAGGGACUUAGUACAGGGGGCAGCAGAUUGGCUAGGCCAAUGGUUCAUAGAUAUUCAACCUUGGACACCUACAGCAGUGGCAAAGGAAAGAUUUGUAUGGAUGAGAUGCCAAGGAGCCCCUCUUCAUGCUUGGGGGUCGGAAUUUUUUGAAAAAAUGGCAAUGACAUGGGGUAAGUUCAUAUGCCUAGACGACAACACAAGCAAGAAAUUAAGGUUUGACGUGGCUAGAUUCCUAAUAUCCACUCAAAUCAUGAAUGCAAUAUCUGUCAUGUGGAGAAUCAAAGUGAAUGGAGUCAUGUAUGAUAUGAAAUUCACGGAAGAGGAGCUGCUCAACCAUGAAGAAAACGACUGGGGUGUUGAUCUGGAACAGCUCGCCGGUGAUGGAGAAAAAGAAGGAGAAAACAAGGAUUUCAGCCAAAUUGACAAACGGUCGACUGCCAAUUCGAGAAACGAGGUGGAAUUUGAAUUUGAAGAAGAAGGGGGUGAUGUGAAAGGACGCAAGCUAGUGGAUAGCUUCCCCUCUAGCCGGUUGGGUGAGGAACAAUCAGUGGAAGUAGUAGCUGACAGUUUUGACAGGUCUGCGGAAGCUAGUGAAUUAGGAGAAGACUUCGGUUGGGUUGCAAAGGAUGCAUGUGGGUUGUGUAGAGGCAUACUCUGUGUAUGGAAUUCUAAAUCUCUCACAAUGUCUAGAGUAAUAGAGGGUGAGAAUUUUAUAGGAAUAGAAGGGGUAUGGGGUCCUGAGGGGGUUGUUGUUUUCAUUCUAAAUGUGUACUCCCCAGGCCAGUUAUCAACGAAGAGAGUUUUAUGGGCAGAGCUAAAAAAUUUGGUAUUAGAUAGACAAGGCUACUGGUGUAUUGCAGGGGAUUUUAAUGCAAUUAGGAAUGAAGAGGAGAAAAAGGGAAGUAGAGGAGUUACUAUUGAGAUGAGAGAGUUUAAUAACUUUAUACAAGAAACGGAGUUGGUGGAUGUUCCUCUUGGGCCUAAGCCAUUUAAGUUUUUCAAUGCAUGGUUUCAACAAGAAGGUUGCAUGGAGUUGGUUAAAGAGGUGUGGGGGUCGGCAAACAUUCAAGGAUGGGCAGGGUUUCAACUUAAGGAAAAGCUGAAAUUGACAAAGGAAGCUUUGAAAAGGUGGAGCAAAACACUUCUCCCAAUUAUUGAUGCCAAAAUAAACAAGGCUACUACAGAGAUAGCACAAAUUGAUAAGAAGGGGGAAGAGGUACAGCUGUCGGAGGAAGAAAUCAUAAGAAGAAGAGAGGAUUUCCUACUUUUAUGGGAAAGCAUGAAGAGCAAGGAAAGUAUGCUACAGCAGAAAUCUAGAAAGGCAUGGUUGAACCUUGGCGACGCCAACACAAGUUUCUUUCACAAGUGCAUCAAGGGGAGAUGGAGAAGAAAUGAAAUGACUUCUAUACAAAUCAAAGGAACACAAAUUGUGUGUGCCAGCAGAAUGAAGGAGGAAAUUGCUUCCUUUUUUGAAGACAUAUUCAAAGAAGAACAAUGGGACAGACCAAAUGAGGAAGAGAUAGAUGCAGCAGUGUGGGAGUGUGACAGUUCAAAGGCGCUUGGACCAGAUGGAUUCAAUUUCGGCUUCGUCAAGAAUGUGUGGGAGCUAAUAAGGGUAGAUGUAAUCAGAUUCUUGCAUGAAUUCCAUAAAAAUGGUAAGCUGGUUAGAGGACUUAACACAUCUUUCAUUGUCCUUGUGCCGAAAGUGGAUAACCCACAGAAGAUAGAGGAAUAUAGACCCAUCUCCCUCAUUGGCGUAAUGUAUAAAAUCCUUGCAAAGCUUCUUGCUAACAGGUUAAAGGUGGUCCUUGAUGGGAUUGUUGGUGAACAACAGAUGGCAUUUAUUAGAGGAAGCCCAACAAGGCAGUUUACUGUGACGAGAGGACUCAGGCAAGGGGACCCCUUAUCACCCUUCCUAUUUUUAAUAAUUGCAGUUGGUCUUAAUGGAUUGGUUUCAGCUGCAUCUCAAAAAGGGUUAUUGGACGGAGCAGAGGUGGAGAGCAGAGGUUUUAAAGUUUCUCACCUACAAUACGCGGACGACAUAAUUCUCUUUCCUAGAGCUAAAGAGGAAAAUGUGUGGGCAAUGAAGGGCGUCUUGAGAGCUUUCGAACUAGUCUCGGGCCUAAAGAUAAACUUCAACAAAAGUCAUUUGAUUGGCAUACAUGUGCAAGAGGGCUGGCUCAACAAAAUGUCAUGGGUGCUUUGCUGCAAAGUUGGGGUUUUUCCAUUUAAAUAUCUGGGCAUCCCCAUUGGAGGAAGCAGUAGAAAGAAGGCCUUUUGGAAACCGCUAGUGGAAUUAUUUUCUAAAAAGCUAUCUACAUGGAAGGGUCAGUACUUAUCUCUUGGUGGACAGAUUACCCUUAUUAAUUCAGUGCUAUCCAGUCUUCCUGUGUUCUGGAUGUCGGUGUAUCUCAUCCCAAAAGGUACGAUUCUUGCAUUUGAUAAAAUUCGUAGAGGUUUUUUAUGGGGUGGGGCUGCAGGAGAAAAGAAAAUAAAUUGGGUGAAGUGGGAACAGGUCUGCAAAGGUAAAAAACAGGGUGGUUUGGGGGUUAAGGAUUUGAGAAAAUUUAAUAUAGCACUAUUAGGAAAAUGGUGGGGGAGGAUAGUCAUAACAGAUAAAGGGCUUUGGAAAAAGGUUAUUGCAGAGAAGUAUGGUCGGGUAGGGGAACCAAGCUUCAAUUGGUUGAGGGAGAACAUGAAUUUUGGCUCAUCUUGGUGGAGGGAUUUAAGUAGAUUGAAUGAUAUUGACAAAGAGAAGAAAGGAUGCUGGGAAGAACAUCAGGAACUGGAGCUCCUAAAGGAGAUUAACGAGAAAACAAUUGCAAGAGGGAGACCAGAUCAAAGGAUAUCGAUUCACAGUAAAGAUGGUAGUUAUAUAACCAAAUCAGCAUACCAGAUACUUGCAGCAGAACAUAGAAACAACCAGCAAGGGUUGGCUCUACGAAAAGCGAGUGCAAAUGUGAAUUAUGUGGUGCAGGGGAGGAGAAUUCCAGCCACCUUUUUGUUUAGUGCAAAGUGGCACGUGAUCUAUGGUCAGCUUGCUACAAAUGGUGGGGAAUUAAAACAGAAUGAAAAAUUGUUUAGGGAGAAGGAGGUGGAUAGUGGAAGGUUAUUUGAACUGGUCCAAAUCAGGGCCUUUAGCUGGAUUAAGGGCAAAAGGAGAGACUACUUUUUCUCCAUAGCUGAUUGGAUCCAGAAUCUUGUAAACUGUUUGAGCAUUAAUCGCAACAGUAUAAGGUAUCUCAAGAGAAAGCCAUCUGAAAUGGAGGUGGAGCUGUGAGUGAAGGAGGUGAAGGAGGUCAAGAUCAUGUAAUCUGAUUGGUUAAUUAUAUUACUGCCUGGUUGAAAAAUCACUGUUGGAUCAAGAAGGCUUCUUUGAGCAAUUUUUGACUGCAGAUUAUGUGCCUGAAGCAAUAAUGGUCUUUGGGAUUC